CCGCGCCAGCCAGUCCCUCGCCACCCCGGCUGCGCCGCCGCCGCCAUGUGCACGGGCAAGUGCUCGCGGCUGGUGGGCCUGACCCUGGUGACCGCGGCGCUGGCCUGCAUGGUGGCCAACGUCCUCCUGAUGUUCCCCAACGGGGAGGCGACGUGGGUGCCAGACAAAAUCACCCUGCAGGUGUGGCUGAUGGCCGGCCUCAUCGGGGGCGGCCUGAUGGUCCUCUGCACCGGCUGCUCGGCAGUGCGGGCCGGCGGGAAGGGCUGCUGCGGAUACGGAUGCUGCGGGAACCGAUGCCGGAUGCUCCGCUCCGUGUGCUGCUCCGCCUUUGGGGGCCUGGGGGCCUUCUACUGCGUGACCGUCUCCUCCACGGCCCUGGCCGACGGGCCCUACUGCCAGAUGCUGGACGGCAGCUGGGGGUCGCCCUUCAAGGAGCUCAGCCACAGCUACCUGCGCAACCAGUCGCUGUGGGACUGGUGCACGGCCCCCCCCAAGAUCGCGCUCUGGCACAUCGUGCUGUUCUCCAUCCUGCUGGGCCUGGGGCUGCUGGAGCUGGUGCUGUGCGGCAUCCAGGUGGUGAACGGCCUGCUGGGGACCCUGUGUGGGGACUGCCGCAAGGCGGCCGACCGCGAGGGCGAAGGUCUCUGAAGCUGAGGAGCGACCAGCUGGACCACGUGCCACGCACACACCGAGGAACACUCCCGCCAGGCUCCCCAUCCCCGUGGCCAGCGCGCGUGGCCCG